UAUCAUAAAAUUUAAAGGGAUUUCUGGGAAAAUAAAAAGAAAUCAUAGAUCAGAAAACAAAAGAAGGAAAGUGAAAAAAUCCUAAAAACACAGAUGAAUCGACAAGACCAUUGUUUAUUUUAAUAUAUUUUCCUGUCAUUCAGUGUUACUAAUCAUUGAUAGUAAUCAUAAUCAUGAUUAAGUGCAAUGAUUGAGUGAUUACCGUGAGCUAUAGAAUAAAUAAGUUCCUGGAAUAAAUAUGGUUGUGAAAUGGCUCAUCCUUGUUUAGAAUACUUCAAAAAUAUAAAAGAAAUAGACUAAAUACCUCAUGAUAUGGGGAUCUGUACAAAGAGGUGUUUUUUUCUAACAAUAUGCCUAUUAGAAAUGGUAACAGUAGUGGAGCGACAGGUAUUCGACUUUCUUGGAUUUCUGUGGAUACCAAUUCUGGUUAAUUUUUUUGAGAUCGUUUUUAUUAUUUUUGGCUUCUUUGGUGCAUAUCAAUUUCGACCAAAGUACAUAAUCGCUUAUCUGAUAUGGCACAUAUUCUGGGUGGGAUGGAACACUUUUAUAAUAUGUUUGUAUCUCAAUGUUGCUGGACUAGAUCAUGAGAAAAAUAAAGUGCUCAAAUUGGAUGUGAACAGUGAUAGCUGGUGGAAAAAAGAGGGACCUGGUUGCAGAAUUCAGAAUGUUGAUGCUAUAUCUGUUGAUGGAUGUUUAAUCAACUAUGUUCACAUUGAAAUCGUUCAAGCUGGAAUCCAGUGUUUUUUUGCUCUAUUGAAUAUAAUUGUGGGAAUUUGCCUCAGUCGUACUUUUUUGGAGGAGGAUGAUACUUCGUCUCGUAAAUCAUCACGUAAAAAUUCAAAACAAAGAAUGUCUCUUUAUUCUAUUGAGUUCAGUUCUCAGCUGGAAAACAGGCAUGGUGAUAGUGAUAAUGAUUUCGAUCAGAUACCUCCUCCUGUUUCUCCUAAACCGAUGACACCACGAAGAGUGAAGAGACGUAGCGUGAUGAUUAGAGGAUCUUCGGGACGACACAGCAGUAACAGUCGCAGACAAUCACAUUCACGUUCUUCCACCAGAAGCUCAAGAAGAACAACAGCUCAAAAUCCUGUAACUCGUCUGUUAGAACAGCAACAGAAAAAUCAGGCCUAUGAUAGCCCAACCAGUCCAUCACCUAUAGAUUCUCCUUCCCCAAAUUACUAUACUUCAUCCAAUAACAAUUUGCCCCAUCAAAAUUGGCAAGUCAGUAAUGGCCGUAUAAAUCCUACAUAUCAGCAAUCGUCUCAACAAUCAUUGAACGAGAAUGAAGACUUAGAUGAUUUAUAUAAUAACAGGCCUCCUUCUGUCAGAUCUAGUUAUUCAAAUUUCCAUGGUACUAGAGCCUUAAAUUAUUCACCUCCGAAACAGUACCACAGCCAUGCCACACCUCAAGUGCCUCAGAAGAGAAAUAAUUCAAAUAGAAAUAGUAUGAGAUCGAUGGCGUUUUUAAAUAACGGUCCCCCUGCCUAUACAUCUAGAGGGCAUAUUCCAAUUGACACUGAGACGCCGAUGUAGUUGAGUAAUUCAUUCUUACACUAGCAUUUUUAUGAUUCACAAUUAUUGUUUUUGAAGAUUGUUUUGAAUUUUUUAAAAACCGGGUGAUUCUUCAAAUCUGAAUUAUACAAAUAUUACAAAAAAUGAGCAUUGUCCAAAAAAUGUCCUCCCUCAAAAAUGUCAUUUUUGAAAACGGGAAAUGGUGAACACCGAUUUUAUAGUGUCCAUUCGUAUUCUAUUGCUAAAAUUAUGUAGGGUUUGUUGAAAACUGAAACAUGUACAAGAUGUAAUACCUACAUGUGCAACUAAAAAUACCUCGUUUUAUGAUCUUAUUUGACAUUUGGCCUCAGAACCGUUUACUCAUUAUGCAAAUUAUUAAUUAGUGUGAAAUUGUAACAUAAAAAAUUUAAAUGGAGCACUUUUACUAUUUCCCAGGAUCAUUGAUGGUAUUCUGUGCUAAAGCUAUUUUCC